CCAAAGACCAUUGUCCACGAUAUACUCCUCCUGUCGAUUCAGUUCUCACAAACUUGAUAGUCCAGCACAGAGAACUUUUCUCAAGGCGCUUCCAAGUAAUAUUUGUGUUUUUGCGGACGCUUCCCCUCCCCCCUCCUCCAGAUGGACAUCGACAUGAGCAGAAGAAAUAAGAAGCCACGCCUUCUGCUAGAAAGCGAGCGAGAGAGACUCGAAGAAUUUAUUGACUCCAUUCACUACUCCGCGAGGUAUUCCGACGAUGCGUACGAAUAUCGACAUGUUCAACUACCUAAAAAUAUGCUUAAGAAAAUCCCCGCCGAUUACUUCGACAGCGCGAAAGGAACUCUGAAGUUGCUUUGGGAAGAAGAGUGGCGGGCGCUUGGCAUCACACAGAGCUUGGGUUGGGAACAUUACGAAGUGCACGAACCAGAGCCUCACAUCCUUCUUUUCAAGUAGGUCCUUGCUUUAUAUGAUGACGUGAUAACCCCCGCUAAAACUUCCAGGCGCCCUUUGAACUACCAACCCC